AUGAUCCUCACAGAUUCCAAUGGGGAACAGCCUCUCACUGCUAUGGUUUCUAUGGUUACCAAGGGCAACCCUGGUAUUGUCACUUGCCUGGAUGAAUCCCGACACGGAUUUGAGAGUGGUGACUUCAUCUCCUUUACAGAAGUUCAGGGCAUGAAUGAACUCAAUGGCAUCUGUCCACUAGAGAUCAAAGUCCUGGGUCGUUACACCUUUAGUAUCUGUGAUACCUCAAAUUUCUCUGAUUAUAUCCGUGGAGGCAUUGUCAGUCAGGUCAAAAUAGCUAAGAAGAUCAGCUUUAAAUCCUUGCUCAACUCACUGGCAGAGCCAGACUUUGUGAUAACAGAUUUUGCCAAGUAUUCUCACUCUGCUCAACUGCACAUAGGUUUCCAGGCCUUGCACCAGUUCUGUGCUCAGCAUGGCAGGUCCCCUCGGCCCCACAGUGAGAAGGCUGCAGCAGAACUGGUGACCCUAGCAGAGGCUGUGAAGGCUCAAGCCCCGCCAGCAGUGCAGCAAGACAAUUUGGAUGAAGACCUCAUCACGAAGCUGGCUUACGUGGCUGCUGGGGAUCUAGCACCCAUGAAUGCCUUCACUGGGGGCUUGGCUGCUCAGGAGGUUAUGAAGGCCUGUACUGGAAAGUUUAUGCCUGUUAUGCAGUGGCUGUACUUCGAUGCCCUUGAGUGUCUCCCUGAGGGCCAGGAGGCUCUUUCAGAGGACAAAUGCCUUCCAUGCCAGAACCGUUACGAUGGGCAGGUGGCUGUAUUUGGCUCCGGCCUGCAAGAGAAACUGGGCAAGCAGAGAUACUUCUUGGUGGGUGCAGGGGCCAUUGGCUGUGAACUGCUCAAGAACUUUGCCAUGAUUGGGCUAGGUUGUGGGGAUGGUGGGUCAAUCACGGUAACAGACAUGGACAUCAUCGAGAAGUCAAAUCUGAACCGACAGUUUCUGUUCCGUCCUUGGGAUGUCACGUGGGCUCGGGAUGAGUUUGAAGGCCUUUUCAAGCAGCCAGCAGAAAAUGUCAACAAAUACGUUACAGACGCCAAGUUUGUGGAACGAACGCUGUGCCUGGCAGGCACCCAGCCUCUGCAGGUGCAGGAGGCCGUGCAGCGCAGCUUAGUGCUGCAGCGGCCACAAUCAUGGGCUGACUGUGUGCCCUGGGCGUACUAUCACUGGCAUACCCAGUACUCCAACAACAUCAGACAGCUGCUGCACAACUUUCCUCCUAACCAGCUUACAGGUUCAGGAGCCCCUUUCUGGUCUGGGCCUAAAUGUUGCCCACACCCGCUUAUCUUUGAUGUCAACAAUCCCCUGCAUCUGGACUACGUGAUAGCUGCUGCCAACCUGUUUGCCCAGACCUAUGGGAUGAUGGGCUCUCAGGACCGGAGUGCUGUCACCAAACUCAUUCAGUCUAUGCAGGUCCCUGAGUUCACCCUGAAGUCUGGCGUCAGGAUCCAAGUUUCUGACCAGGAGCUGCAAACCAGUUCCUCCGUUGAUGAUAACCGCCUACAGGAGCUCAAGGCCAUGCUGCCCACCCCAGAGAGCCUUCCUGGGUUCAAGAUGUACCCCAUCAACUUUGAGAAGGAUGAUGACACCAACUUCCACAUGGAUUUCAUUGUGGCUGCAUCCAAUCUCCGGGCAGAGAACUAUAACAUUCCCCUCGGAGACCGACAUAAGAGCAAGCUGAUUGCAGGGAAGAUCAUCCCAGCCAUUGCUACAACCACAGCAGCUGUAGUUGGCCUUGUUUGUCUGGAGCUGUACAAAGUGGUACAGGGACACCAACAGCUUGAGUCCUAUAAGAAUAGCUUCAUCAACUUGGCCCUGCCCAUUUUCUGCUUCUCUGGGCCCCUUGCCCCACCCCGUCACCAGUUUUAUAACCAAGAGUGGACACUUUGGGAUCGCUUUGAGGUCCAGGGGCUGCAGCCUAAUGGUAAAGAGAUGACCCUCAAGCAGUUCCUUGACCACUUUAAGUCAGAGUGCAAAUUGGAGAUCACCAUGCUGUCCCAAGGUGUAUCCAUGCUCUACUCCUUUUUCAUGCCACCCAGCAAGCUGAAGGAACGGAUGAAUCAAUCGAUGACAGAAAUUGUGAGUCGAGUAUCAAAACGAAAGCUGGGACACCACGUGCAAGCAUUGGUGCUUGAGCUGCGCUGCAAUGAUGAGGAUGGCGAAGAUGUGGAGGUUCCUUAUGUACGAUACACCAUUCACUAA